AUGACUGAUGACCUGAAAGAGCAUGCGAAGAAGCUGCUGACUUCAAUUCAGGACCAGGAGAGGGAAGUCAACUACACAGAGGGACGUGCAUCUGCCCCCAUCGAUUUGGGAAUAAGCAUCUCCAAGGAUAAUGUGGCUACUUCUUCCCCCAAGACAAUGGAGGCCCAAGCUGUGGCCGAUGCCAGCGGAAAGAAUCUUGGGAAAGACGCCAAGCCCGAGGCACCAGCUGCUAGAUCGCGUUUUUUCUUGACACUCUCUCGGCCUGUACCAGGACGUCCUGGGGACCAAGGCUCGGAUUCAUGGGCUGCAUCAGGCAGGCUUGAUGUCAGCCCAGGCAUAGCGCCUGCGAACAAAGACCCAAGUGAGCACGGGGCACUUCCGGUGGCAGCUGCACCCGGGCCGGCUGCAGAUAAAACGCCAGAGUGCAUUGAGGCCAAGCAGCAGGCUCUCCCUGCCACCUGUCCGCCUGCACCUUCACCACCUGAGUCCCAGGCAGAAGGCCCCUCCAAGCCGAAAGACUUCAGCUUUUUCGACAGAUUAUUUAAACUAGACAGGGCAAGAGAAAGCACACCAGUUGACAGCCAGCCUGAAGAAGCCCAAGGGUUGAGAGACCAAGACCAGGUCACCGAGGCUCCUGCUUUGCCAGGGAAUCCUCAUGGUGUCCCUGCUGUGGAGGACAUAGUCAACAGUGAGGGGCGAGGACAAGAAGUUGACACUCUGAGUUAUUCUGUCCCUGGGGAUCCAGAGGUGCUGGGGACCAAGAAGGAGGACCCCCAGGAGGUAGAUACCACAGAGAGUAGUAACUCCAUCAUGAGCUUCUUCAAGACCCUCGUUUCCCCUAGCAAAGCUGAAACAAAAAAGGAUCCAGAAGACACGAAGGCAACCAAGGCAGACAAUGUCUGCGAUGGACAUGCUGGCCAGAAGAUGUUGGAGACUCAGGCUAAGAGCAAGAAGAAACGCCUGGACAGCCCCAGGAUAGGACUCACCUUUAGAAAGUUCUUUAGGCAUAAGGAGACUGAAAACUCACCUAGUACUUCAGCCAAUCUCAAGUCAGAUAAAGCCAACUUCACACCCCAGGAGCCUCAAGGGGUGACCAAGAGUUCGAAAGGCUGCAGCCCACCAAGUCAUGUGCCUCCUGCAGCAGCCAGCGACCCAAGAGAAGGCAGCAAGGAGAAGUUGGGGCCCACCGCACUGCCUCUGGGAAAGCUGUUUUGGAAGAAGUCAGUUAAAGAGGAUUCACUUUCCACAGGUGCAGAGGAGAAUGUGGUGUGUGAGCCACCGGUAGAAACUGUAAGGUUUGAGGAAGUAGAGCCUGCCUUACAAACUGUGGAUCUCAGCGAAGAAGAGGCCCAGCCUGAACCCACAGAUGUAAAAGUUAAAGAAGAAAACAAACCCCGGAGGACCCCUCUGAUGGCGUUUCUCAGACAAAUGUCAGUGAAAGGGGAUGGAGGGAUCACCCACUCAGAAGAAAGUAAUAGGAAAGACUCCAGUUGCCAAACGUCAAACUCCACAGAGAAGACGCCCUCGCCCCCGGAGCCAGAGCCAGAGCCCGCACCAACAGCCCAGAAAAGCAAGGAGACCUCGAAGGAGAAGAAGUCGGUGGACAAGAAGUCUGUGGCUGAGACCAACAAGCAGAAGGGCAGCAAACAGGAAGCCAGAGAACCGGCGCAGUGUGCGCAGCAGCCUGUGGUGGAGGUAAACUCAGCUCAGAGUGGGGACAAGCCCGUAAAGAGGUCCGAGAAGCGGCGACAGUCCCUCGGGGGCUUCCUGAAGGGGCUGGGACCAAAGCGGAUGUUGGAUGCUCAAGUGCAGACGGACCCCGUAACUAUUGGACCAGUUGGAAAAUCUAAGUAAACAAAUCACUCAGGUCCUCCUCCACUCCAUCUCCCGUCCAGACUCACUCUGUGUAUAUAUUUGUCUUUCUCCUGGCCAGCCAAUGAAAUUCUGCCUACAACUUCGACCUGAAUUGUUGUAGAUUGAGGUGUAUUAUUUAGGUCUCUGGUUCAGUCUUUCCUGGCAAUAUAACUGUAAAAAUGGGUUAGCAGGUUAACUACUUAAUCCAGAAGAGCUGGUGAGUGCCAGACGUGGGAUGGAGGAGGUAGAUGAAUGCAUUUGUGUUAAGUUAUGAAAAGAUGGCAGUAUCCAGUAAGUUGCAGAGGAAAAAUGCAAAAAAAAAAAAAAGAAAAGAAAAAAAAGAAUAUUUUGCUUUGUAGCAGAUGUUGACUCAUACCCUAAGCCUGAACAGGGAAGGGAAGAUCUAUUUGUUUCAGUUCACACUUGGAGGAAGGAGGACUCUGGGUAGGCCCUGUGGGCAUCUGCCCCCUUCCUGGAAUGGAAUGUGUGGGGUAUAUAAAGAGGAAUGGGUAAGAGUCAGUUUUCAAAUAGGACCCUUGAAAGUUAUCGGGGAAGGGAGUGAUUGACUGGAGAGGGAUUGCAAUGAUUUGGGGGAACAAUUAUUUCUGAGGUGUAGGGACAAGGGCCUGGAUUACCAACUUUAAAAGAAAAACCAAGGGUGAAAUGAAAUUAAGUUGCAGGUUUAGUUUUGUGACACAAGGGGUGCCAAGACCUCCACUUUCCCCUUUGCAUCUGGUACCCGAACAAAGAUUUGUGUCUGUAAUGUUUCAUUAUUAAUGUUUCUCAGAUGCCUGAGGAGUUUGCUUCAUGUUCUCUCUGACGCUUAUCUCAUGCCUGUCUGUAAUUUCCUAAUGUGUUCAGGAUGUUCUCUGAUUAAAAAAACAAAACCUUCCCCUAACCCAGUUAAUAAAAAUUGACAGAUUAUUCAAA